GCGGACCCCUCGACUCUGGAGCGAUGUAAGCCCCACGUAGGUAUGGUGACGUUUGUCAGUGUCACUGCUGACCUGUCAUUCGUAAACUGUCAGAGAGAAUGAGAAGCAGUUGUUGAAAAUUGUAGAAGACAGAAGUUUAUUUCAACGAUAUCAAGUAUUUUGUGAAUUUUUCUUCCAUAAAUUUUUAUUACAUUUUUGUUAUAUUUUUGUAGAUUCCGUAAAGUAUAAUUAUUUACCCUAGUUCUAAGUGUGAAUUGAAUUGUAGUCGGACACUAAGCUCUUUAGCAAUACCCAGCAAAUAAAAGCGAGUUGCUUAAAGACGCCCGAAAGACGGAAUUCACACGAACAGAAACUAAAGAGCUUACGGACUCAUCGCGAUACCAUGAAUCGGACAUCGGUCGUAAGGCAGACGCGAUCGCGGGCUCGAGGUGUAGCAGCAGAUACACCUAACCUCCAUGACGACGAACAGCGUGAGAAUGCAUCCGCGAAGUCAUCGGAGGCCAAUUUCGAAGCAUCCGUAAUCGACGACGAGCGUGCGGAUGAGCGUGAUUGUGGUGCUUGCGAUCGUCCUAACAAGGCCGAGUGGUUUAUGGUACAGUGUGGAGUUUGUGCGAAGUGGUACCACUUUUCCUGUGCCGGAGUGACUCAUAAAACAGUGCACUCGAAAUCGUUCACUUGUGCGUUAUGCGAACCUCGCAUACUCAUGCCUCCUCCAACCUCAGUAUCUGCCCGGACAAGUUCGUCCAGUUCACGUAGAGCACGACUGGCUCGUGAGAUACAACGCCUUGAGGAAGAACGUGCCUUGCAGGAAAGGAUCCAACAAGCGACAUUGGAAAAGCUGGAGCGCGAGAAAGAGUACAUCGCUCGAAAAUAUGAGCUUCUGGAGCAGCAGGACGAAGCUGAAAUGUCGAGCUUGCGAAGUGAUAGGACCAACCAAACUAGCCGAGUAAAGGAAUGGGUCCUCGAACAAAAUAGUGACGUGGGAGCCAUCAGUGCCGUUCGUGAACCUGGUGCAUGUGUUGAGAGCAGUCACACAAACGCUAGGACUUCGGAUACCCAUAACAAGGUCCAGAUCACUUCCACACCUUUGAAGACGGGGUCUAGUGCGCUCGGUGGAAAUCCAAAGGGCGGUAACAGUCGCCCAGUGUCCAGCAUAAGUGGUGUGGCUGAUAGUGAAAUGGAGAUAACGUUCGGUAGCAUAACCAUCGAUGGUAUUGAACGUCCCGUGGAAUCUGGCGGCAUGAUGGGCAACGUACCGCUGGUGGAUGUUCAGCCAUUAGUAGAUCUUCUUGAAUACUCCCCAACCAAGAUUCCCGAGAAAGGUGCGCGCCCCAAGAACCCGAUGCCUCUGUACGAAAAGUGGCGUAGAGAGACCGAGAACCUCCGGAAAGAACACAACGAGAGGCAACAACAGCACGAGAUGGAAAUUGAGAUUCGGCGCAAACGUGAGCUGGAUCUUAUAAAAAAAGUCAAUCAGCUGAAGCAUAGCCAAGAGGAACAGUUCGAGCUGCAGCGUCGACGCGAAGCCGAGCUUUUCCGUCAACUGCAGCUUCAUGAAAGAGAAGAAGCAGAGAUCAGGAAGCGAAGUCAAGAAGGCCUUAAGGAACAGGAUGCAGAGUUGCAACGUUUGCGGGGAAUAGAGAGAGCGUUCCUGGAAAUUCAGAUUUCGUCGCGGCAGAAGCACCAGUCUGGUGCGGAAGACCAUAAUCCAAACGACGUAGCUACAGCGGAACCAGUACAUGAGACCACCCGAGCACCGAGAGAGCGGCCGCGGUUGCCAGAUUGUAUGCAAGUAGGCAAAGGUCAAACCAUCACGGGCCAAUCUACUCCCUUGGUAAGUGUACCGCAUUUCUCUUCCAUGCCUUUGGAAUCAAUAAAUACCACCCCCUCAUACACCCCUCACCGACAAAAUGAGCUGGACGAGCGUUCGAUGAUCACUCUGAUGGGUGGUCGAUCUUUGUACUCCAUACCGAUUAAUCAAUCAGUGCCAGUAUUUACCCCUUCUUCCACCCCUCCUCAGCAUGAACCACCUCUGAGUUUUCCCAUGUUCCCCCCCCAUGCCAUGCCUCCACAUGAGCGUCGUCAGCCUAUCGUUCAGGAAUGCCCAUCUGUCGCGAACUACGGUCCACUGCAGUUUCAGCAUGGCCCAACACCGCAACAAGUGGCAGCGAGACAGGUAAUUUCCAAGGAACUUCCGUCGUUCACGGGGGAUCCCAUCGAGUGGCCAAUGUUUAUUAGCAGUUAUAUGCAUUCAACGAGCGCGUGUGGGUAUACGGACUCCGAAAACCUACUGAGGCUUCAGCGGUGUCUCAAGGGUACGGCGAAAGAUGCAGUUAGCAGCCUUCUCUUACAUCCAACGUCCGUUCCGCAGAUCAUAUCGACAUUGCAAACCUUGUAUGGCCGACCGGAACAAAUAGUGAACAACAUGGUCUCCAAGGUGCGUAAUACUCCUGCUCCAAAACCAGAUCGAUUGGAUACGUGGGUCACCUUUGGGUUGAUGGUACAGAACUUGUGCGGUCAUCUCAAAGCGGUUGGACUAGAGAACCAUCUGUCCAACCCCAUACUGUUGCAGGAGCUGGUGGAGAAACUGCCACCUACUGUGAAGUUUAACUGGGCACUUUAUCAACAAUGUCUACCUGUCGUGGAUCUCAGCAGUUUUGGAAACUAUAUGGAGAAGGUGGCCGCCGCCACAAGUAGCGUUGCCACGCCUCUGAUAAGCCAACCGAAGACGAGCAAGGAGGAUCGACCAAGGGGCAAGGAUAGAGUGUUCGUUAAUGCCCAUGCAGAAUUCAACCAAGAAGAUGACGAUCUAGGAGUACCAAUGGAUAGACAUCAACAGUUACACAUCGCAGCGAAGAAAGCCGAACCAGCAGCGACAUGUUUGUCUUGUGGCGGAGGAGGUCACCAGGUGGCGAACUGUUCAACAUUCAAAAAACUUUGCCUGGAUGACCGCUGGAAGGAAGUGAAGGAGAAGCAGCUCUGCAGCCGGUGUUUGACAGCACACAGCCGCUGGCCGUGUAGGGGAGAAGUCUGCGGAGUAAAUGGCUGCCAGAGACGCCACCAUCGAUUGCUCCAUUCCGAAUUGCCUAAAGAGGAGAAGAAUGCUAUUGUUACUGUCCAUCGUAAGCCGACGUCGUCAACAUUAUUCCGCGUGCUACCCGUAACACUCUACGGAAGAAAAGGACAAGUUAACACUUUCGCCUUUCUGGAUGAUGGUUCGUCCGUUACUAUGGUAGAUCAAUCGACUGCAGAAGCGCUUGGACUGGAAGGAAAUUCUGAAACCCUUUGCAUCCACUGGACUGGAGGAAUUCAGAAAAAACUAAGCGCCCAGCAAGUUGCAGUUGAACUUUCAGCAUUCGGCAGUGAUAAACGGUUCAAAGCAUCAGAGGUGUACAUUGUUGAAAAUCUGGGCCUGCCGAAACAAACAGUAGACUUUCAAGAAAUGGAACAGCGUUUCGCCUAUCUCAAGGGAUUACCGGUGAAAAGUUUUACAGCAGCUGUCCCUGGGUUGAUGAUCGGAUUGAACAAUAUCCACUUGUUGGCUACACUGAAGCUGCGUGAAGGUCGGAUCGGUGAACCAAUAGCAACCAAGACACGCAUUGGCUGGGCUGUGUAUGGAAGCGUACGUGGGGGAGUCGAUCAACUUCCGCACCGUCAAAUGCACAUUGAUGUACGACCCUCUAAUGAAGAAUUGCACUCCUAUGUCCAAGAGUUUUUUGCACUGGAGAGUCUGGGAAUCUCGGUGGUGCCGGAGGCAGAAACGGCGGAAAAUCAACGGGCUCGGCAGAUUCUGGAGGAAACGACAAAGCGCAUCGCAAGCGGAAGGUUUCAAACGGGUUUGCUCUGGAAGAACGACUUUAUUCAGUUUCCGGACAGCGAACCGAUGGCUAAAAAGCGGCUUAUGUGCCUCGAGAAACGGCUUUGCAAGGACCCGGAGUUGUACAAUACCGUUCGUCGACAGAUAGCGGAGAUGCAGGAGAAAGGCUAUACGCAUAAAGCAACCACCGAAGAAUUGGACAACUUCGAGCGUCGACGUUCCUGGUUCUUGCCACUAGGAGUAGUACUGAACCCUAACAAACCUGGAAAAGUGAGGCUCAUCUGGGACGCCGCAGCUAAGGUCAAAGGUGUUUCGCUAAAUACGGAGUUAUUGAGUGGUCCAGAUCUUCUCGCUCCGUUAUUGAGAGUAAUGUUCGGGUUCCGUGAGCGAGAAGUAGCUAUAUGCGCGGACAUUAUGGAGAUGUUCCACCAAGUAUUGAUUCAGGAAAACGAUCGCUGUGCUCAACUGUACAAGUGGAGAGACUCGCCGGAUUUGCCGAUGGAUACUAUGGUAAUGGACGUCGCAAUCUUCGGCGCUACAUGUUCUCCAGCGCAGUCGCAGUUUGUAAAAAAUAAGAAUGCCGAAGAACACAAAGCCGAGUAUCCCAGAGCUGCCGAAGCGAUCCAAAAGAAACAUUACGUCGAUGACUACUUGGACAGCCUGGAUACCGCCAAAGAAGCAACGGAGUUAGCACUGGAAGUGGCACACGUUCACGCCGCCGGCGGUUUCACUCUUCGAAACUGGAUCUCGAACAAUCACAGCGUACUGGAGCGAAUAGGUGAAACGAAUCCAACAACGGUCAAAAGUUUCACGGGAGAAGGUCAAGCUGAACGUCUACUUGGAAUUGUCUGGCUGCCGGAGGAAGAUGUUUUCAUGUUUGCACUAAGCUUUCGUCAAGAUAUCCGCAUCCUGAUUGAAGGUGUAUUGGUGCCAUCAAAGCGAGAAAUGCUACGAGUGGUGAUGAGUGUCUACGAUCCCCUAGGACUUGUUGCGGCAUUCGUGAUCCACGGAAAAGUUCUUAUCCAAGACGUUUGGAGAGCAGGCGUUGACUGGGAUCAGAGAGUUCCUCAAGACAUAUUCAAUAGAUGGAAGUUGUGGUUAGAAACUCUUUUGAAGAUGAGUGAAAUAAGGAUUCCCCGCUGUUAUUUCCCAGGGUAUGAUCCGGAUAGCUAUCGCUCGCUGCAGUUACACAUAUUCGUAGAUGCUAGUGAACAGGCCUUUGCUGCCUGUGCAUAUUUCCGUAUUGUCGACAGAGGGAGAGUUCGCUGCUGCUUGGUUGCGUCGAAAACUAAGGUAGCACCACUUAAGCCGCUAUCAAUCCCGCGACUAGAGCUAAUGGCAGCGGUGAUAGGAGCUCGCUUGAAGAGGACAAUCAUUGAAAAUCAUUCUCUGGAUAUUCAGCAUACGUUUUUUCAUAGUGAUGCCGGAACUGUUCUCUCAUGGAUCCAGACCGAUCCACGUCGGUAUCGUCAAUUUGUGGCGUUUCGCGUCAGCGAAAUUUUAAGCUUGACAUCUGUUGAGGAAUGGCGGUGGGUUCCAACUAAGCUCAACGUCGCUGAUGAGGCCACGAAGUGGGGAAGAGGUCCAUCGUUCGAACCCGGCAGCAGAAUUUUAGUUGGACCACAGUUCUUGUAUGACGAUCAAGGUGAAUGGCCCAAGGAUUGCCGAUCCGAGGUCAAAAUCACCGAUGAAGAGCUCCGGCCAGCGUACAUUUUCAGCCAUUUUCUAGCGAAACCGCUGGUGGAAUUCAACAAAUUCUCCAAAUGGGAGCGACUGCUGCGGUGCGUCGCUUACGUACAUCGUUUUGUGGAAAAUUUGAAGCAGCGCUACAGAAAGGAGCCUGGAACGGAAGGAGGACUAACGAAGCACGAGUUGCAGCGAGCAGAGCUUACACUAUGGAAGUUAGUGCAGUCUGACGCGUAUCCGGAUGAAGUAGCUAUGUUGAGGUACAACACUCGAGCCAACAAGCAGCGCCUGGAAAGGCUGGAGAAACGCAGCCUUCUUGCAAAACUGUCGCCGAUGAUGGACGAGGACGGAAUUAUUCGUAUAGAUGGACGCACAGCUCACAGUGACUACGUAACCCACGACGCGAAGUAUCCAAUCAUUUUAGCGAAAGAUCAUACCAUUACAACACUUCUUCUGGAUUGGUAUCACCGCAAGUUUCGUCAUGCUAACAACGAAACCGUGGUCAACGAGGUUCGCCAGAGAUUCCAUGUUCCAAGCGUGAGGAGUCAGGUUCGUGCGACGAGGAAGCGGUGUACGUGGUGUCAAGUAUACAAAACCUUUCCUGUGCCACCGAAAAUGGGACCAUUACCACAAGCGAGGCUCACACCGUUCAAGCGGACCUUCACCUAUUCCGGAAUCGAUUACUUCGGACCAUAUUAUGUCAAAGUUGGGCGUUCUGCGGCGAAAAGGUGGGUCGCUCUAUUUACUUGCUUGGUCACACGAGCGAUUCACUUGGAGGUGGUGAGUAGUUUGUCGACGGACUCGUGCAAGAAGGCGAUACGGAGGUUCAUCGCACGCAGAGGGGCCCCCGUUGAAAUUUAUUCGGACCGAGGGACCAACUUCAUCGGGGCUAGUCGUGAGUUAACCAAGGAGAUUAAACGUAUCAACGUAGAACUCAGCAGUACCUUCACAGAUCAGCAAACGCAGUGGACAUUCAACCCACCGGCUGCUCCGCACAUGGGGGGGUGUUGGGAAAGAAUGGUUCGGUCAGUUAAAGUGGCUCUGGGUGUACUACCUUUCGAACGGAAACUCGACGAAGAAUCCUUGGCAACAUUCCUUGCAGAAGCCGAGCACAUGAUCAACUCGCGACCAUUAACGUUCGUACCAAUCGAGAGCGACGAUCAUGAGUCACUAACGCCGAACCAUUUCCUGUUGCUGAACUCGAGUGGUGUGAAGCAAGCGGAAAAGACACCGGUGGACGUGGGCAUGGCGUUAAAGGGAAGUUGGAAUAAAAUUCAACACACUCUGGACAACUUCUGGCGGCGCUGGUUGAAGGAGUACUUGCCGACUAUAACUCGGCGAACUAAAUGGUUCCACGACGUUCGUCAUAUCAGAGAGGGUGACUUGGUGGUAAUUGCGGAUGAGGGGGUGAGAAAUCGGUGGCUCAGGGGUCGUGUGGUAAGGACAUAUCCGGGAAGAGACGGCGUACCACGGCGUGCAGAUGUACGAACUUCAGACGGAUCGGUGAUGCGGGAUCGACCAGUAAUCAAAUUGGCCCUACUAGAGAUUUCUGCCAGAAGUGACGCCGAACCGGAAGUUCUAGCGACACGUGGGGGAGAAUGUUGCGGACCCCUCGACUCUGGAGCGAUGUAAGCCCCACGUAGGUAUGGUGACGUUUGUCAGUGUCACUGCUGACCUGUCAUUCGUAAACUGUCAGAGAGAAUGAGAAGCAGUUGUUGAAAAUUGUAGAAGACAGAAGUUUAUUUCAACGAUAUCAAGUAUUUUGUGAAUUUUUCUUCCAUAAAUUUUUAUUACAUUUUUGUUAUAUUUUUGUAGAUUCCGUAAAGUAUAAUUAUUUACCCUAGUUCUAAGUGUGAAUUGAAUUGUAGUCGGACACUAAGCUGUAAGAACAUACAUGAAUUGAGAAAUUAGAAUGGAUUAAUAAAAAAUACUUAUUGCAGCUUUAGCAAUACCCAGCAAAUAAAAGCGAGUUGCUUAAAGACGCCCGAAAGACGGAAUUC